UCCUUCAACUACCGUGGAAUCACCAAUAUUACUCAUGAAAUCAUUUUUUUUUCUCCUCAGAAUUUCUUGAAAAAGUAUCAUUACAUGUCUUCGACACGUUCAGGAAAUUACAUGAAUUUAGCUUUAAAAAAGUUCCAACAAUUUACUGGUUUGCAUGUUACUGGUAUUCUGGAUAAGCCCACUAUCGAACAAAUGAAGAAACCUCGUUGUGGAAUGCCGGAUUUUAGAGGCAAAGUCAAACGUUUUGCUGCCAAUUCCAAAUGGAGUAAAACACAUCUGACUUACUUUGUGAGGAAAUAUGGUGCUGAUUUAAAAAGAUCAACUCAAGACAAAAUAUUUGCUAAAGCCCUGAAGUUCUGGUCCGAUGUAUCGGGUUUGUCUUUCUCUAAGGCGAGAAAUGGACUCUCUGCUGACAUAAAGAUAAGGUAAAACUUUAACAUUUUCACCCGCUGAGUUUUCAUUGGAAGUUGAAGAGAAUAUAAGACUAAUAUAUAGAUUUAGCUAGAGGUAAAAGCAAAGCACCCAUCACAGUCGUGGUUUACUUCAGACAGUAAACUUGAAACCAUGAUUGAGAAAAAUCCGCAGAUCUAUACCAGUAGCCCAUGACUAGGAGUGAGCAACUUCCAUGCGUUCGUGUCACGGCGUUUUCACGGACCAGUUUAUUUUCAGAACGGUUUUGGCGCGAAUUUUGUAUAUCUUUUAAACUCCGCAAAUUUUUGCCUUUUAAUAACGUUUAGUUUUUCUUUUUGAUAUCUUAUACUUCGAAUGCACUUAUAGACAUGGUGGAGAUUCUAUUUUCGCGGGUAAAAGUGCCCUAAAAUGUGUCUGAAAAUAGACUGGUCCAUAAAAACGCCGUGACAUAGGCCUAGUAUGGGAGUUGCUCGCUCCGGGUUAUGGGCUCCUGUUUAUACUUAACUUAGAGGAGGUUCAUAUGACGUUUGAGGAAGAGGCUCAACAGACAAGGAACAAUUGCUGCUGAAAAAAAUGAAACUUGAGCUUGCAAUCAAUUAAAAGCUUAUAAAUGGUCAGCGAAAAACCGUAAUAAAAGACGUGGUCUCGAUUAGUUGAAACAUGGGACCACGAUAAGGUCAUGUGAUACUGGUCAGCGGAUAUCCUGGCAGCUGUCCGUGUCAACUGACCAUAAAAUGGACGUCUAUCAUCAAGUUCUAACACAGAUUGGUCAGAAUGCAGGCUCCCACACAAGCUAAAAAGCUCACUGUGUUGCGAAUGGACAGGCGGACGUACGGUCACGUGACCACCAAAAUUUCUUACCCAUGGUGCUCCGCUGCGCACUUUGGGGCGCUCAAGAGCUCCGCUAAAAACAACCCAACUUUAAUUAAAAACCUCAUUGAUUGAAAGACAGGCGAACGCAGAAUCCAGACCUGAAACGUGACCGCUUUCCUAACGCCUUUAGGAUAAGCGAAAAUACACAUAGUCAGCCCAGAGUAAAGAUGAAAUAGUUGAUUUACCUUUAUUGAUCUUAUAAAGCAUAAAUUCAAAGCCUAUGAAGACGUCUUGAUUUUAAAAUGCUAAGCCAAGAAUAUAAGGGAAAGGUUCCCUGAUCGGAAAAGGAAACAUUAUGCAAAGGAAUUACCUUGAACGCAACAGCUUAAUUUGUUUUCACAAGGAUUCAAAGCGGAGUGGUUGAAAGGCAGAAACGAAUGUUACUCUUCUAAAUAGGGCGUCACAUAACAAAGGUUUUCGACUGUAGUGGGAAGUGAUCUAACAAAUAGGAAGUCCAGCUGUUAAAAUUCCAAAGUAAAACAGCAUGUGAUAACUGAAACGUUUGAUAUCCCGGUACUUGCGUGUUUAUAGUUAGCGCCUGGUACUCGUGGGCUUUACUGAGAGCGUGGACAUUUUACUUUUAAAUUUCUGUUCUCAGUUUUGGUAAUAGAAACCACCCAGGGGGGGACGGAAAAAGAUGCCCAGAUCGAUUCGAUGGGCCUGGUGGACAGCUUGCGCAUGCGUUCAUGCCUGAAGAUGGCCGUGCUCACUUCGAUGAAGCCGAAACAUUCACCCAUAACAGUCCCCGGGGUACAAACCUUCUGUGGACUGCCACCCACGAAUUUGGUCACGUGCUUGGUCUGGAUCAUUCAAGUGACAGAGAUGCCAUUAUGUACCCAUACUACCCAGAUUUUUACCAUCCUAAUUUAAGCCUUGAACCAGAUGAUAUCGCUGGUAUUCAAUCCCUUUACGGUAAGAACUCUUCAAAUGUAGCUCGAGGUCUAGGGACUGUAAAACUGAACAGUUAA